CAUGGUUACAAAAGCAAUGCCAUUCGCUUUCUGUCACCUGAGUUCACCUGCAGGGAGUCAUGGCGGCUCAUGUGGGACGCUUAGGAAUUCAAUUUUAAGUUAUUUGCUUGUUUUAAACAUUUAAUUUCAUUUUGUUACAAUGAGUCAAGGAGGCAAGAGAUACUUUAACAAAUACAAGAACAGUGGAAACUGGUUUAUGCAUAUAGGUACACCCCAGACAGAACAAACACGAGAACUGUGUACCAGCACAGGUUCAAUGCUGGCACAUGGAGUCCCUCAACCCCUGAUACAAGGAGACGAGAGAUACCCCAAAAUAUUCAUUAAUCUGGAAAAGAAAACAAUGGGCAGAGACUUUGCAUUCUCAGUGCAUGAUAAUCGUGCAGCUCUGCAGGACGCUAUUGACGUGUAUGAUGUUCAGGGCUUCGGGCGUAAGAAAUGUCUUGAUGAGCGACGGCAGCAUAACUCUCAUUUCUGCCUGUGUUAUCAUGACACCCCGCUCGGGUCAGAAAAGCAGGACCACUCUGCCUAUCAGGCUGACUUCCUGCCCAAACAGGAAACAGAGGCCACAGAAGCCACAAUUACAAGACGCUUCCCCAGAAACCACUCAGCGAGGUCUCAAAUAAACGCUCAAGCUCAGGCUGGAGAGUGCUUCAUGUGGUUUGGGAAACAUAACUCUAAAGAGACCAUUUCACUAAGUGUACUAGCCACCAGCAACCAUUAAUUCCAUAAAUAAGUCAUCUGUGUUAACUAUUUUAACCACCUGUUUGUCAUACAACCUUCAAUUAAUGUUUAUGACACUAAAUAUGGUGAAAUAUGGGAAUUCUUGUUGUUUGGUGUGUCAUUACUUAUUUGUCACCAGCAGGUGGCAGACUAUUUGAAAUGGCAGUUUCAUUCUAUAUAAAAUAAAUGAUAUUAGUAGCACAA